AUGGAACAAGAUAAAGUAAUAGAGAUAAUCAAACAAUUACAAUUCUAUCUAUCUGAUAGUAACCUAUAUAAAGAUAGAUUCUUAUCUAAACUAGUUGAAAAUAGUAAUCAAGGAUGGAUAUCAAUUGAUCAAUUAUUAUCAUUUAAUAGGAUGAAAGAAUUAAAAGUAACCAAUGAAUCAAUCAAACAAGUAUUUCAAAAUGAUCUAUUCAAACAACAACAAGGUGAACAAGAAACUGGAGUAACAGUCAAUCAACAAGAGACAAUGAUUAAAAGAAAUAUACCAUUCCAAGUAAAUCAACAAGUAUUAAAUGAAAUUGAUUUAAAAACAAUUUAUAUUGAACCAAUAUUGAUAGAGGAUACAAUUGAAAAUAUAAAAGAGAUAUUUAAAACAUUUGGAGAGAUUGUUUAUACGAGUAUACCAAGACUACCUGAUCGUACACCAAAAGGGUUUGCAUUUAUUGAAUUUACAAGCAAGGAGUCCGCCAAUAAUGCAUUGGUUGGUAUUGCAGAUUCACAUACUAGUCAAGAUCAAACCAAACCAUUUUAUAGAUUUAGAGCCAUUUCAAAAAAUGAAUGGACAAGAUUAAAAUCAUUAUAUCUUGGACAAGGAGAGACAAAAACAAAAAAAGUUGAAUCAUCAUCAUCAUCGACAUCAUCGACGUCGAUGUCAGUAGAUAUUGAUAAUCAAAAGAUUGACAAGAGAAUAUUAAAGAUUACAAAUAUAACAUUGACAACUUCCAAACCAUAUUUAUGGAAAAGUUUAGACAAAUAUUUUGAAUCAAUCUUUUUAGAUUAUAUUAGAGGUGAUGGUUAUGCAAUUUGCAAGUUUAGAUCAUUUGAAGAUCGUGAAAAAGCAAAAAAUAUCAUCCACUCUCAAUCUAUCAAUAUUGAUGGUCAAAUUUUAUCAACUGAUAUUAUCUCUGAAAAAGAAUUUUCAAGAUUUAUAAACAAAGGAAACAAACAUCAAGAUAGUUUAAAAUAUCAAAAAGAAAAAUAUAUUGAAACUAAACAACAAAAUGAAAAUGAUAAUGAAAAAGAUGAUAAUACAAAUAAUAAUAGUAAUAAUGAUAAAUUAAAGAAAAAAAGAAUUAGAAAAAAAAAAGUAAAAUCUUCCACUGAUCAAAUUGUCGAUUUUGAAAAUGAUGAACAAUAA